CGAGCAUCAGGACAUGUCUGACUGGUCAGGGUUCCAGUGAGGAACGCGGAGAUGAGCCUCGCAGAUCCAGGAGAACAGGAUGCCCGUAGAGUUACAAUCCGGACUGUUGUGUACGACCACGGACGACAUAACAAGUCAUUCAAUGGAUGCGUCCACAUAUGGAUUAGUGCCAGUACCCCGUCAGAGCCCUCCCAAGUCCAUUUACCGUAUGCAAGUAUAGGUUGGAGGUGCCAAGAGAAUGGCAUCGGGAUGACAAUGCAUUGCACUGAAACUCCAAGUGACCUUCAAAUAUUCAAGGAACACUAUAAGAAAUCGCCCAUGCAAUUCUGCGAGUCGGAAUACAUCGCCGGACCGAGGACAGUUCUCGCGCACAUGGCUCAUCUUGACCUCGACGUGGAUCUAGAUAUUCUCCGCGAUACGGAGACAAGCGUCUCGCAUAGUCUGGCCAGCGACCUCAAGUUCAGCAACGGCACUGCUCCAGUUGUUGAGAUGUUGAACAAAGGAGUCAACGUUGCUCUUGGCACGGGCGCUCCCUAUAACGACACAUAUGACAUGUUCCGAGGGAUGCAAGUCACAGCCAUGCUCCAUGCUGGGCAGAUUCGAUCAUGGGGGGUCCUUAUGAUGGUUACGGUCUUUGGCGCACGGGCUCUCAGACUCGAGAACGAUAUCGGGAGCCGCGAAGUUGGCAAGAAAGCGGACUUCGUCGCCAUCUCCAACAAAGGGCUACAUUGCGCUCCAUUCGAUGCUACACUGUGCUUCGAAGGGGGUCUUGAUCCAGUCACAGUGGUCGUUCAUAGCUGCACAGGGAGAGACAUCCAGCGAGUGGUUGUGGACGGAAAGACUCUCGUCCAGAACGGCAAACUGGUUUAUAUGGAUGAGGGGCGAAUUUGCGAAGCCGCAAGGCAAGCGGGUCGGGGGGUGAAGAAUAGGUCAGGGGUUCUCUCCUCUAAGCACAACUGCUGCUUUGCUUUAGAGCCCAUCCCCUCGCGUUGCUGAGCGGCCAAUGGCUCCUCUCCACAACCACAUGCUUAAAGCACUCCGCCCAUAAUACCGCCUCGCAGCUCAUACUUCAGGAUAUUGACAUGAUCCAUCUAGAUUUUGUCCAAGCUUCAAACAGCCGCUCUUAAAGAACGUACCUUUCCGCGAGAGUAUGGAUGAUCCGGGCAAAUACAUGUGAUUCUUACUGCCGCUGGAUGAGCCAACCAAGGGCUCCGUAAGGGCAUCUGGGGUGUUCGUUCUUCGCGACAGCCUAUCAUUAGGUUAGGAAACAAUAGAUAU